AUGGCAGACUGGAUUGCUAUUUAUGCUAUAGGACUAAUCUCCAACAGCCGAUCUGAUCCGUCCAAAGGGAACAAAAACAUUUUCGCUUUCUGGGUCUCUUUUCUUUUGCUCCAUCUCGGUGGCCCUGACAGCAUUACGUCUUUUUCUCUUGAAGAUAACCAACUCUGGAUCCGCCUUUUGUUUCGGCUCAUCGCGAAGCUUUUGGCUGCUGCUUAUAUCUUGUUUCAAACAUUUCCCGACAACAACAUAUGGUUCCCGACAAUCCUUGUCCUCCUUGUCGGAACAAUCAAGUAUGCAGAGAGAUUAACGGCUAUGUAUCUUGCAAACUUGAAGCGUUUCGGAUCCACCACAUUGCCGAAGCCGAAUCCUGGUUAUGACUAUGAAGAAUCGGUGGCGAAAUACUCCCAAACAAGGUCUGUCAAAGUUGUGGAACAGACACAGAUAACAAUGGUGGAAAACCUUGAACAUUCUUACAAGGAUCGAAGUCUAGAUCAUUCAAAAAAACCAGAGGACAUGGAUAUGGAAAUACUAGUUACAGCUUAUUUUCUCUUUCAGGAUUUCAAGGGACUUCUUGUCGGCUUCAUUUUGGACCCAAGUGAUCAAAAAUCAAGCAGGAAUUUCUUUCUCAACAUUAACUCUGCUGAUGUGAGUUUUAGAUUAAUGGAGUAUGAGCUCAGUUUAAUGUACCAGCUUCUACACACCAAGGUCUCCGUGGUCUUCAACGGAAUUGGUCUUCUUGUUCGUUUUCUUAGCGUGUGUGGCAUGGUUGUUGCUUUCAUUUCGUAUCAUUAUUUAGUUGAUAAAGAUAAGCUGGAAAAUUUCGAACUCAUCCUUGGUUAUGUGUUGGCUAGUGGAGCUAUAUUUGUUGAUAUUAUCUCUGGAAUUAAGCUCUGUUUCUCCGACUGGCUUCUCAUGUACAUAUACCGAAUGUCACCGGAGCCUCGUGAAUCUUGGUCAGCUAACUUGUCUAAGAAAAUGAACUCGAUUCGUGAUCGUAUCUUACGAGGCAGAAGGUGGUCUAGAUCGGUUUCACAGUACAAUAUGAUAACACUCUGCCUGAAGCUAAACAGAUUGGAAAACUGGCCCUUCUCUGACUUUGUUAUUUCCAAGAUAGAUAAAGAUCAUAUAUUUUGGUAUUUUACAUCAGAGGAGAAAAACAUUAAAGAACUUCAGUGCUUGAUCUUUAAAGAGCUGAAAAAGAAAUCUUUGGACCCAAGUGAUGCAGUGAAGGCAUGCUCCCAUAGAGGUGAUUGGGCUCUUUCACGGUCUAAGAGCUAUGUCAAGCUCCAAUGGAGCAUCAGCGAGUUUCACUAUGCUGAAAGCCUUAUCCUGUGGCACUUAGCUACUGAACUUUGCUACCAAGAUAAUGAGCACUUAGCUACAGAACUUUGCAACCAAGAUAAUGAUCAUAACGACAGUAGCAAAAGAAUUUGUAAAAACAUUUCGGAUUAUAUGUUUUAUCUUCUGGCGAAGAAACAGGAGUUGCUGGCACCAGUUUUGGGAAAUGUUUGGCAGAUAGUGCUUCAGGAUACUUUAGAAGAGGCAAAGGGUUUCUUUCGCAAACACUUGGUAAAAGAUCAAAAGAAAGCCUGCAAAAAAUUGAGUAACGUGAAACCAAAAUACAGGCCUGCUGAAGUGAAAGGAAAGAGUAGCAAAUCUGUGCUGUUUGAUGCAUGUAGACUAGCAAACCAACUCCAAAUAUUGGAGGAAAACCAUUGGGAUCUAAUGAGUAGGGUUUGGGUAGAACUACUGUGUUACAGUGCAAGUAAUUGUCAAGCAAUCGUUCAUGCAAAGCAACUAAGACAGGGUGGAGAGCUUUUGACUUUCACUUGGUUGCUAAUGAACCAUUUGGGUUUGGGAUCCUAG